AUGCUACCCUACUUUUCCUUGUGCAUAAGCCUGCUUUCUCGGAGGUCGAGUAUUUCAUUUAGAGAUUUCUGCUCUAGACUGGCACGAGAAUUUCGAAGGAGGAUAAUGGGCAUCGGGGUAACAAAUUCUAUUGAAAUCAUUUUGUUGCCUUUGAGGAAGAAUCAAAUAUUCUCAGUUUACUACGUUUCGAUGGAGGAUAAUGGGAAUCUGCUGGGAAGACUUUUGGGGAAGGAUCAGGUAUUCUCGGUUUACUACGUUAGGCGAAAAUAA